AUGGCAGAUGUUUAUGAAAAGACUACAACCGCACCUGUCAAUAUUGCUGUUAUAAAAUAUUGGGGAAAACGAGAUACUUCUCUCAUUCUUCCGACAAAUUCUUCUCUCUCUGUGACUCUUUCUCAAGACCAACUUCGAAGUAAAACGACUAUUCGCGCCUCAAAAGACUUUAAGACAACGCGUCUAUGGCUAAACGGGGUAGAAGAGGUGAAUUUGGAAAACAAUAAACGUUUACAAGCUUGUCUUCGAUCUACUCGUCUCUUACGCAAAGAAUACGAAAAUUCUCUGUCAAGUGCCGGCCAUCUUAAUAUUCCACCUCUGUCCGAAUGGAAUCUUCAUAUCUGCUCGGAAAAUAAUUUUCCAACUGCUGCUGGUCUUGCAUCUUCCGCAUCUGGAUUCGCUUGUUUAGUCUAUACUCUGGCAAAAUUGUUUGAACUUCCGACAUCUAUCACAGAUCUUUCACGUAUUGCACGACAAGGAUCCGGUUCUUCGUGUCGUUCAAUGUUUGGCGGGUUUGUGGCAUGGGAAAUGGGGAAUAAUGCCGAUGGUUCAGAUAGUCAGGCUGUACAGGUCGCGUCAGAAACUCAUUGGCCUGAAUUAGAAGCUUUGAUUUGUGUGGUUAGUGAUUUGAAAAAAGCAACAAGCAGCACCGAAGGAAUGCAACAUACAGUCAAUACCUCGGAAUUACUACAAUAUCGAAUUUCCAAAGUGGUGCCAAAACGAAUGCAUGACAUUGAAGCAGCAAUUCACGCACGUGAUUUUAAAAAAUUCGCAGAAAUCACUAUGCGUGAUUCAAAUCAAUUUCAUGCUGUUUGUAUGGACACUUUUCCGCCAAUAUUUUAUAUGAAUGAUGUUUCGCGGGCUAUUAUUCGAUUAAUUACCGAAUAUAAUAAUAGUGGUGAUGGGACCUAUAAGGCUGCAUACACUUUUGAUGCAGGACCAAAUGCUGUAAUAUACGCACCAAAGAAGAAUAUCAAGGAGAUUAUUAAUUUAUUAGCACACUAUUUCCCUUCUACUCUCGAUUCAAAUAAAGAGUAUUUCAAUGAUCAUGCUUGUUUAUUUUCGGCUGAGGAAAGAAUUGGACAAUUGAGUUUUCCGUCUGGUUUUAAUUCUCAAAUUAUCCCCGUGUUUCCUGCAGGUAGUGUCAAACAGUUAUUGCAUACUCGAGUCGGAGAAGGUCCAAAAAUUUUAGAAAGUGAUGAGAGUCUAUUGAACAGUGCCGGAUUGCCGAAAUGA